AUGCCAAACUUCACGGACAAAACGGACAAUUACCCGAAUCUGAGUCGUUCAUUCAGAUCAAUGAGACCAGAGUAUGAUGUCGUGAUUAUAGGAUCUGGCUAUGGUGCUGGAGUGGCGGCAAGUCGAACGGCUCGAGCAGGGAAGAGCGUCGCAGUGCUAGAGCUUGGCUGGGAAAGAAGAUCUGGCUCAUUUCCACAUACAUUUUCUCAAUGUCUGAAAGAAAUGAGGAUCUCGGGGAAUACUACAAAGGACUCCUUCAUCUCAAAGUGGCUAAAGUGGCUGUCGACUGGGGACCCCACGCGGCUUUUUCAGGUGUUUUUGGGUGAUGGACAACAUUCGUUUGCUGCUCAUGGACUUGGAGGAUCUUCAUUGGUCAAUGCCGGAGUUUUCCUGAAAGCGGAUAAAAGAACACUGCAGAUGAGUCCAUGGCCAUCAGAGAUCAGGGACGAGCCAACUACUCUCGACGAAUACUACUCACGCGCGGAAACAAUGCUGCAACCUUCCACAUAUCCGAAGAAUUCAACCCCGAAUAAACUCGAUCAUCUUCAAAAAGAGUCAAAAUGGCUUGGAGGCAAAGAGAAUUUCUAUCGAGUACCGUUGACCAUAUUUUUCCGCAAUGGCCGCAACAGUGCAGGUGUCCCUAUGCAGGCAAAUAGACAAUCGGGCCAUGAGUGCACUGGCCUCAACGACGGUUCAAAAAACUCGGUGGCGACAACUUAUCUUGCAGAUGCCUGGAAUUGGGGAGCCGAGAUAUUCUGCGGAUGUGAAGUUCGAUUUGUAGAAAAGACGGACGGAGGAGGCUACACUAUACACUUCGCCUGGCAUGGAAGUGGAAGGUCGGUGUUUGCGGAUCAUUUCAAGGAACAGCUAUUUUGGGUUAAAGCAAAAGAAUUCUGUUUCCUUGGGGCUGGUGCUCUAGGAACUACUGGAGUCUUGCUUCGGUCAAAGCAGCACGGCCUUCAUAUGUCACCGCUCGUUGGAAGAAACCUAUCUGGGAACGGUGACCUUUUGAUAUUUGGUUACAAUGGAGGUACCAAUAUCAACGGGAUCGCCCGUGAAUCUUCGCAUGCUCCCCCUGGAACAACCGUCACUGCUGUCAUUGAUAACCGAGUCGUUGAUCCUCUGGACAAUCCGCUCUCUGGAUAUGUUAUCCAGGAUGGUUGCAUCCCUGAGGCGUUCAACCCAGUAAUCCAAAUCAUGCUCACACUGCAGACCAUGAAGAGCCAGGCGGGAUGUUGUCUUUGGAACCCUCGCCAAGAAACCAGGAAGGUCCUUGCCUCUGUAAAGUCUCUCCUUUUUGGUCCACAUGCAUACAAUGGAGCUCUACAGCGGACUUCUACUUAUCUUGUGAUGUCUCAUGACAGCAACGAGAUAACAUUGACCUUGAAGGAUGAUCAAUUGUGCCUUCGGGGACCAGCAGAAGGACGAUCCGAGCAUUUCAAAUGGAUGAAGAAGAUGUUCAAGGAGCUUUUUGCUCACACAGGAGCAAGAAUGGGGUUUUCAUAUCCAUAUGGUCGCCACCAGGAGGAAGUCACAGUCCAUCUCCUUGGAGGAGCCAACAUGAGCAACGAUGGGACAGGACAUGGGGGUGUAACAAAUCAUCUGGGGGAGGUUUUCAGUGGCUCUAACAGUGAAGUAUACAAGGGCCUUAUGUGCUGUGAUGCAUCUGUUAUCCCGACAGCUCUAGGUGUGAACCCGCUGGCCACAAUAUCUGCCCUUUCCGAGCGAUCCGUCAGUUUGACCACUGAGAGGGCUGGGUUGUCAAUUGAUCUUGAGACUAAAAACCAGCCUUUGAACGCCUACAGCAAGCCGAGUAUAUCAUUGGAUUGUCAAGAUCAUCAGAACAGUACCAAGGAAACACCCCAGUCCAUAGGAUGGCAAUUUACAGAGACCAUGUACGGUCACAUCAGCAUGGGGUCUCUGACCGGAAGUUUCGCACUUUCUGAGAGGAUAGGAAAAGGCUCAUCCUGCGCGAUCCGGAUGUUUCUUACGAUCGAAAUCUGCCGACGAGGAGAUUUACAAUACCAAGGAAUAUGUACCGGGACGAUUUCUUGCUACGGAUUAUCUAGAGCCACGCUCAAGAUUGUCGAUGGGACUGUCGACUUUUUCACGCCAAUGCAAGAGAAUGCCGAAUCAUCAGCUAUUUCAUACCACCUGAAGCUCCUCUCAGUAGAGGGCAUAGAGUACCGCCUGGAAGGUCAAAAGAUCAUUAACUCGAACAUAGCAUUCUCUGCCAGAAAGACCUGGGAAGCGACAACUACGGUGAACGUCAAUAUCACUCGACCGGACGGGAAGGACGUUGCAGAAGGGGCCGUUCAUAUCUCAUUGCUAGACUUCAAAAAGCAGAUGAGAACGUUCCGGACGACAAAAGACUUCCAGAUCAGUCUUAUCUUGACCUUGAUGGGCUUUUUAGUUUCUUUUAUGUACCAUAUCAGUCUCUUCUUCUUUCGCCCUUUCGUCCACCUGCGCUUCCCUCAGAUCUCAAAAAAAGCCGCCAACUCGAAACAACCACCUUCCACCUCCUGCAACAUCACCGCAAGAGAUGGCGUACAGGUAAAUCUUGAUAUAUAUGACCCAAUUCCUGUACAAAAGACAGGCGAGCCGGGACCCAUCUCCAACCUUUCACCAGUACUGCUUUUACCCGGAGUCACCGGGGUCGGCAUGAUACACAAUUUGUACUCACUGCCAUUCUUGCACUGCAACAUGGUUGAGUACUUCACGCAGCGUGGACAGCGAUGCUACGCACUCACUCCUCGUUGGGGCUGUGAUCCUGCCGUUGCCCAGAAAAGCACUGUCUACGACUGCCGUCUUGACGUUGCUGCUGCAAUAUCAUUCAUUCGCAACAAAGAGCGACAGAAGCCCUAUGUGGUAGCCCAUUGCCAAGGCUCAGUGGCUCUCUGCAUGGGACUGCUGGAUGGAACAAUCCAGAGUAGUCAACUUCUCGGUGUCACUGCGAACUCAGUCUUCAUGAACCAGGUCUUUGGACGUUGGAACUCUCUUAAGGGGAGAACGACUCUGCUGAUCCAGUUUUACGAAUUACUGGCUGGGAAUUACUUCCCGAUCAUCAGCAGUGCUAAGAGUGUACUUUUCCAACGAUUACUCGAUACUAUCCUUCGUCUCUAUCCUGUUGGGCAUGCACGAGACCUUUGCACGUCUACAGCGUGUCGCCGGACAUCUUUCGCUUUUGGGUUACUGUGGAAUCACGAGAACCUUGAUAUGGGUCUUCAUGACAAUAUCCACCAAUUUUUCGCGGGAACCCAUACAAAGCUUAUGAAGCAAGUGGUUCGCAUGGGAACUCGGGGGAUAUGCAUGGAUAAUGAUUUAUGUCCUCUUCUGACAGUGGAGAAUUUGCAACGGCUGCAAGGGUUACCGAUCCUCUUUGUCUCGGGUACGGAGAAUCAAGUAUUCAAUCCUGAGUCUACCCUCAAGGACUAUGAGUUGUUGCGACGGAAAUUUGGCGAGAGACUUUAUCGCAGAUUCCUAGUCGAGGGGUACGGGCAUCUUGAUCCUAUUGUGGGAAAACAUGCGGCCGAGGAUGUAUAUUGGAGGAUCUUUGCGCAUUUGAGAUGGUGCACCAAAGAGAUGGAAAAUAGAAAGUAA